CCAUUUGACAAACUCCUGAUAGAAUGCAAGAAAACAUGGCUAAGACCUUCUCCAUAUCCCUUCUCUCACUUUGCUUACUUCUUCAUUCCUUCCUAGCAAACUGCACAAUAAUAACUCCACCCCUUGUCCCAGCUCUUUACAUAUUUGGAGAUUCACUUGUAGAUAGUGGCAAUAAUAAUCAAUUUCCCACAAGUGCCAAAGUAAACUAUUUACCAUAUGGCAUAGACUUCCCAAAUGGGCCAACAGGAAGAUUUACCAAUGGCAAGACUUCUUUAGAUUUUAUAGCUAAUUUUCUUGGGUUACCUUUUAUUCCUCCAUACAAUGGUCUUUCAAUAGCUGAAAAGGGCAAAACAAUAACCGGAAUUAAUUAUGCUUCGGCAUCGGCUGGCAUCCUUCGAGAAUCAGGAACAUAUUUGAAUCUUUCUCCUAAUGGGCUUGUUAUGCAGGGGAGGAAUGUACCCCUAGGGGUACAAAUUGAGUCAUUCAAAGAAACAAUUAACCUAUACUUGCCACAGAACUUCCAAACCAAUGAUGAUCUCUCUCAACACUUAUCUGACUCCAUUUUCGCGGUAGUCAUAGGCGGCAAUGACUAUAUCAACAACUAUCUCAUGCCAACAAAAUACAACAGUAGUCAUUUAUACGACCCGAACAAAUUCGCCGGAAUUCUCUUACAAGAAUUCACACAACAUUUAAAGAACAUUUAUAAUUUGGGAGCAAGGAAAUUUUUGGUAUACAACCUUAGCCCAAUUGGGUGUAUACCAGCAAUGGUACAAUUAAGAAAUGUUACACACGGAUGUGCUGAUGAUAUAAACGAUAUAGCAGCUCCUUACAAUGUGGGCUUUCCUGGUAUGUUAGAAGAGCUGAGAAAUAGUCUUCCAGGCUCAACCUUUGUCCAAGCAGAUAUAAAGUCAAGCUUUUUCUUGGACCAUAGACCUUUUAGAGACGGGAUUAUUGAUUCAAACCCAUGUUGUCUCACAGACAAUGAAACUCAUCAAUGUCUUAAAGAUGUACCUCCUUGCACUGAUAGGUUUAGACAUGUCUUCUGGGAUGCAAUUCAUCCAACACAAACUGUGAACUCGCUGCUUUCAAUUGGUUGCUUCUUUAGUCAUUUGAUAUGUACUCCAAUGAAUGUGUUGGAUCUUGCUCUGCUCUGA